UAUCUUCAGUCAAGGUUUAUUUUAUGCUCUUUCAGUGUAUGAGUGAAAUGCAGAAUAUUUAUGAUCGAACCACAAAGCGUUGUUUUGAUCGAAACUUUUAGGUGCUGAAAAGUUUUUCCGAAAAAAUAAAUGAAGGAGUAAAAUGGGAGCAUCCUGGUAAGAUAGUCUGAUUUAGUACAAAAUCAUACUGCUAUCAUCAAACUUAUCUUUAUGUGGUUGCAUUCAGAAUGCCUAUAAAUAACCCGGUGGAAGGAGAAGAUGCUGUUGAAAAUGAUACAGACUUCGAUAAUCAACUGACUGGUAUUUCAAGGCAAAGAGUUCAGUUGUCUCGAUUCCCAAUCAAGGAAUCAACUGAAAUUGAAUUUCAACCUGACACUGAAGUUUUGGAAAAGUGUGCAAAACUUAUCAGUAAUCAACGAAGCAGCAAUAGACUUAAUAAGCGCUUACGUCAAGAAGCCAAUCCUAUUGAUGCUUUGAAAAAACCAGCUGCUGUCAAAUCAUCCAGUACAGUUGGAUCGAAAACUCGCCGUCCAUGGGAACUGUGGAGCGUUGAAGACAAAAAUGCAUUCUUUGAAGCAUUAUGUGAAUAUGGCAAAGAUUUUGAAAGUAUUCAAAGCUACAUUGCGCAAAGAAGCAAGAAAAAGGGGGUUUCAUCGAAUAUGAUUAAGAAUAAGGACCAAGUUAGGCACUUCUAUUAUCGAACAUGGCAUAAAAUAUCAAAAUUCCUAGAAAUUAGUGUUAGGAAGCAAACCCAAGAACUAUAUGGACUAAUUAAUUAUGCAGAACUCAGAAAAAAGAUUGGAGGCUGCUUAAAUGAAAAAAAUCGACAGAAACUUAACGAAUUGGUCUUUAGUGGUGUGACAACAGUUAAGCAUAAAGGAAAGAAGCUAAGAAUAAAAACUCCUGUUUGUAGAGCCUUAAAGAAAAUAAAUAAUGUUACUGAUAGCAAAGAGCCUGAAGUUGAAAAACUUCCCAAAGAUGUUGUGGUUGAAUUUAGGCCUCAUAACAAUGCUGCCUGGCUUCAAGUGCAAAAUUUGUCCCAAAAUCCUAGGGUGCGCACGAAAGUGUGUCUUCAAAAACGCUUAAAACCUGUGAUAGAAUAUUUACAAAGAAGAUGGCGAUCUUACAGAUUGAAGAGGAAAGAACAAAUUUUAACCAGUCUUCCAAAUUCUACAUUAGAAGAAACAACUUGUGAUAAUCAGUUUGUGUUGCGGGUCAAACCUCCCAGAGCUGCAAAAAUUUCACCUUUAUCAUUGUCAGCUAUGGAUAUAGCUUCAAGUUCUGAUGUGUGCCUUGAAAAUUUUAUGAAACAUUCUCAAACUGUUGACAAAGACAGCACCACUACAAAAAAAAUAUGUCGCUUGAAACAGAAAAUUUUGCAUGAUAAACAAAAUGAUUUUAAUGAAGCAGUCUCUGAUGUUGUGGACACUUCACUUGAUUUGUGUGGAGAGUGCCCAGAUGUCAACAAUUCAUCUGAGACAGUUGACUUGAACCAAAACUCUGGUAAAUGUGUAGCUGAUGAGAUAAGUUAUAUUAAUGUUUUAACCCCUCCAAAAUCUGUUCCAGAAUGUUCUGAUUCCUAA